GGCACUUCGAGAGGCCACACCGUGAGAUGUCAUGUACACUAUUCUAUUUUGCUUUCCUGGUUCUGCUUGUUCGAUUCGCUGUAGCAUACUAUUACUUUAUCGCUGGGGAAUAUUUGUAUUACGGAAAAAAUGUGACAACCUAUAGUUGGACGGAUAUUAUUUAUUUAUACCCUUGCUUUUAACCGUCAUGGCACCCAAGACUUGUGCGCUGUGCAAAACAUCCCGAGCGAUGCUGAAACGUCCCAAGACUGGACAGCAGAUCUGCAAAGAAUGUUUUUUCUAUGUUUUUGAGACGGAGGUGCAUAAUACGAUAAUUGAAUCGAAGCUGUUUCAGCCUGGGGACCGGGUCGCAAUUGGAGCGUCUGGAGGGAAAGACUCCACCGUCCUGGCGUAUGUCAUGAAGACGCUGAAUGAACGAUACCAUUACGGUCUCAAUUUGUUUCUCUUGUCCAUAGACGAAGGAAUAACAGGCUACCGGGAUGACUCACUCGAGACAGUGAAACGGAACCAGGAGCAAUACGACAUGCCCCUCAAGAUCUUGUCUUACGACGAGCUCUAUGGAUGGACCAUGGACGCCAUUGUAGCAGAGGUGGGCCGGAAGAACAACUGCACCUUUUGUGGGGUUUUUCGAAGGCAGGCACUGGACCGGGGCGCUGCUAUGCUUAAUGUAGACCACAUUGUUACGGGCCAUAAUGCAGAUGAUAUUGCGGAGACGGUCUUGAUGAAUAUAAUGCGGGGAGAUAUCGCGCGGCUUGGUCGAUGUACCUUGAUAUGUACUCAAGGGGAGGACACAAUACGACGGUCAAAGCCUUUCAAGUAUACCUACGAGAAGGAAAUCGUCAUGUACGCUUAUUUCAAAAAACUGGACUACUUCUCAACAGAGUGCAUAUACUCACCCGAUGCGUAUCGGGGCCAUGCACGGACUUUCUUGAAAGAUCUCGAAGCUGCCCGGCCGAGUGCUAUUAUAGACAUCAUCCAUUCUGGUGAAGCAUUUGAAGUCAGCGAAGAAGUCAAGGCAACGCAGAAAUUACAACAGACGUGCAAGAGAUGUGGUUACAUGUCAAGCAACGAGCUAUGCAAGGCAUGCACCCUUCUGGAGGGGUUAGAGCGCGGAAUGGCUAGUUCUGGCAUCACGGAGCGUGCGAGGAAAAGAUUAGAAGCUGAAGGCCCGACUCCUGAUAAUCUUCGUACCAUCCCUUUCUUCAAACCGCCGUCCGGUAAUCCGACUGUCACGAUAGAAGUGCCUUCAUAACAAGAUCUCCACUGU